AAAAAAAAAACCCAGCGCGCCUCACGUUGCAUGGGUCCCCGGUUAUUGAUAACACAUUUUACCCGAUGGGAUCCAUCCCGGCGACGUGAAACUCGCGGACUCGGGCGCUGGAAAGGCGAGAGGCGCGUCGGAGCGGAGAAAAACCAACCAUCAGCUCGUUAACGCGGACAAACAGAACGCCGAGCCCACCCCUUCCACUUGACAACGCGACAUCAACCGGGCAGAAAAGGCUUUCUUCUCAUCUGUCCACCCUCCAUCCACCCUGACCUGCCGUGUUGGGGAAACCCCUGAUGAGUGGGACCUGUAUCCAUGAGCCCCGUGCCCCUUCCCCCUCCCUGUCAGGUUUUAGUACUCCCAUCUCAGAACCUCCCUAUCGAAGACUCGAUGGAGACACCCCUGCCUGCACCCCAGAAACGGACCUGACCCCAACACAGUGUGUCCUGCGAAACGUACUGUCCAUUGACACUGGCGGACAGGGGGCGCCGGGCGGCAGCAGCCCCACUCCCAGCGAUGGACCGUCGGGCCACUUUGACAACAGCGUGCUGAAGCUACAUGAACAUGAGGUCUGCCAGUUCGGCGCUGGCGCCGAGGCGGGACACAGUCCGGAGGCUGGCGCCGUUCGCAGCCAAUCAGAGAACAUUCGACUGCAAUCGGGAAGUGGAGGUUUUUUGGAGGGACUGUUUGGCUGCCUAAAGCCGGUCUGGACCAUGAUUGGAAAGGCCUACUCCACUGAACAUAAACACAACCCAGAAGAGUCCUGGGAGGUUCCUUUUGAGGAAAUUUCGGACCUGCAGUGGGUGGGCAGCGGGGCGCAGGGAGCCGUCUUCCUCGGGAAGUUCCACGGCGAGGAGGUGGCUGUAAAGAAAGUGCGGGACAUCAAAGAGACCGAGAUCAAACACCUCCGUAAACUCAAGCACCCCAACAUCAUCACUUUCAAGGGUGUGUGCACCCAGGCUCCCUGUUACUGCAUCCUGAUGGAAUACUGUGCCCAAGGCCAGCUGUACGAGGUGCUGAGGGCGGGCCGUAAUAUCACUCCCUCCCUCCUGGUCGACUGGGCCAUGGGCAUCGCAGGCGGCAUGAACUACCUACACCUCCACAAAAUCAUCCACCGAGACCUCAAGUCCCCCAACAUGCUGAUCACACAUGACGACCUGGUUAAAAUCUCUGACUUUGGCACCUCCAAGGAGCUCAGUGACAAGAGCACCAAGAUGUCGUUUGCAGGCACUGUAGCCUGGAUGGCUCCCGAAGUCAUCCGGAAUGAACCAGUGUCGGAAAAAGUGGAUAUCUGGUCCUUUGGAGUGGUGCUGUGGGAGAUGCUCACCGGGGAGAUUCCCUACAAAGAUGUAGACUCCUCUGCCAUCAUCUGGGGCGUGGGCAACAACAGUCUGCAGCUGCCCAUACCUGAGAGCUGCCCGGAUGGCUUCAAGAUCCUCCUCAGGCAGUGCUGGAACUGUAAGCCCAGAAACAGGCCCUCCUUUCGUCAAAUCCUUCUUCAUCUUGAUAUAGCGUCAGCUGAUGUACUGUCUACUCCACAGGAGACAUACUUCAAGUCUCAGGCUGAAUGGCGGGAGGAGGUGAAACAGCACUUUGAGAAGAUUAAAUCCGAGGGCACUUGUAUCCACCGACUUGAUGAGGAACUCAUCAACCGACGCAGAGAGGAGCUCAGACAUGCUUUGGACAUUCGCGAACACUAUGAGAGGAAGCUGGAGAGGGCUAAUAACCUUUACAUGGAGCUCAGCGCUGUCAUGCUGCAGCUUGAGCUCAAAGAGAAAGAGCUGCAGAGGAGAGAGCAGUCUUUGGAUAAAAAGUAUCCAGGUUUGUUCAAGCACCACAGCUCCAGGCAGAGCAGCUCCUCCAACUCCAUGGACAAACUCAUCAAGAAGAGAAACGUGCCACAGAAGCUGCCCUCUGGAAAGAGGUGUGAGAUCUCAUUUCAGCCAGACAUCCUCAAGUCUGAGGUCAUCCUUCCCAAAAUGGAUUCCUCUGUAAUGCAAGUUACCAUCCCGGCCUGCCCAAACCGGAGCUCCACCUCUCCCAGCCGGUCUCGGAGAGUAAAAACCCGCCAUCGCAAGCCAGGUAAGGGCAGCAGUGGGGACCUGGCCGGACUUAAAGCCAACCAGUCCUGCCCUAACAGGGACGCCACUGCCCCGGCUAACAGUUCCACCACCAACACCUCCAAGCAGCUUUUGGACCCCUCCUCGGCCCUGCGGGGGCUCGGCCACGAGCAGCAGCAGAGGCAGCUCUCGUCCUCCAGCCCCGACCUCAUCUGCACCACGCUAGAGGCCGAGGGCCAGGGGAAAGGGGAGCCGAAAGUUAGCGGGCUGGAGAGGGGGGGGAGCCUCAGUGCUUCGGCGGGUUUAGGGGGCUCGGACGGAGGGGCAGCGGGCCUGGAGGAUCUGACGGAAACCCCCCCGCGCAGCGACACUCCCAGCGAGGACGCCGCCUCGUUUCCCUUCUCCAGCAGUCCAGACUCCCCGUGCGGGCGGGGGGCGGCAGGGAGGGGAUCCCUGGGGUCUCCUCGCCUCCCUCACGACGGGGAGGACAAAGAGGAGGGGGCCGGUGCCGUGAGGUUACCGCGGGGGGCGUCGGGGGGGAUCGGGAGCCAGCACCUCACACCCUCGGCCAUCCUGUACCGGGCAGCUAUCACACGCAAGCAGAGGCGUGGAGUGUCAUCGGAAGAAGAGGAGGGUGAAGUUGACAGUGAGGUUGAGUUGCCACGGAGACGACGUCCGACCAGCAUCACCAAGUGCCAGUCGGUGUCUACGUUCAGUUCAGAGAACCUGUCGGUAUCAGACGGUGAGGAGGGCCAUACAACUGACCACUCCCACAGCGGGACGCCCGACGUGGUCAGCACCAACACUGACGACAGGCUGGAUGACCGCAGUGACGAUCUUCUCUCUCAGGGAUCGGAAAUCCCGGCGGACAACACUGAUCCUGCACAGGCUUCUGAUGGUCUGUCAGAGAGGGACGGAGCACUGGGGCAGGAGAAAGCUCAGCUGGAUGCUGGACAGAAUCCUAAUGAGAGCCGGGCCCUGUGUGAUGAUUCUGACUGUGACAGUGCUGAGCUGGAUCAGUCAGGUAGCGGAGAGCCUAGCCGUCCUCCCAGUGCUGGAGCCUGGGUGCCGCCGUCUCAGCCCUAUCAGGGAUCUCCACAGGCACCGCACACAGGACCUCCAUAGCUCACUGGACACAAGCAAAGACCUCCGGCGACCCUUUCAACCAGAUACCAUCAUAAGUGGACAAUCUGUCAGUGCAGUACAUUACUGUUGCCAUGAGGGAUCACACCUUCCACCCCACUCAGACUAUGACAAGUGGACUUAUGGUGUCUCAUAAGUUAGUUGACGGGAAAACCUGCAUCAGAGGACAUAGGACGUUUGUCAUACCCUGAUAUAAAAGAUUUUGGCAGCUUGUGACAUCAGAUAAACACCAUUUAUGUUAAGUAAGGUUCUCUUAGGCAACGUAGUUACCACGGUAACUGUAGCCACUGCUCCAGUUCAGCAAAAACCCCUCCUCAGACGCACAGGUACGCACAAAAAGGUAACACUCCUAGUCUAAACACUUUAACCCUCACUUUGGAGCGUCCUCUGUGGCGCUCCACACACUAAUGCAUCAAAUACUAAUGAAUAAUAAUGUAAAUAUCCGUGACAUACCACGUGAGAAAUAUCUAACUUUAUUUUAUUUGUAAGAUGAAAUGUAAAACUUAACAGUAUGCAGCCUUGUGAACAAAUGCAUGACUACAUGUUUAUAAUUUAUGGUUCGAAUGUGUCCGUUUUAUAUUUUGUGAAAGUUUACACUUUUUUAAUCCUGAAAGUAUUAGUUCAGUUAUUAUUAUUUUUGUUUUUGUUACUAAAUGUAAGCACUUAAAGAACAAAAAAACCCAAAAUGGAAUGAAAACCACAUGAAGUCAUUGAUCACAAUGCAUAAAUAGGGAUCUCAGUAGAUUACAUAUAUAUUUUUCUUUAACCCUCUUACUACCGAGUUUCACACACAGACACACACACACAAACACCCACACAUAUGAGGUUUUUAUUGAGUCUAACAAAGCUUUAAUAAGAUGGGAAACCUUUGGACUCACUCAAAAUGAACCUUUGCCGUUCAAUAAUCUGUGAGUUGACUUUUUAUUCGGUUCAGCAAACUCAGACAUCUUUCAUACAAAUAGGAUGUUCAAAUGAUAGAAACACCAGUGUGCUGUGUCAACACCUUUCCAAAAACAAUUUCUUAUGAAUAUAAGAUAUUACACACACACAACUCAGCAUUAUAACCUUUAUACUGGUGGCAUUCAUGGUAGGACUGUUACACUAAAGUACACAGAUUAAGUUGGCAGCUUAUUGUUUAACGGGCUUGCUAUAGAGAAGCUAUUGUCAUCCUUUAAGUAGAACCGUGAAGAUAUAAAUAUUUUUUUUGUCAACAUGAUCAUCUGUAUUUUUGCAAAAGCACUCCAAAUUAAAAAAAAAACUUUAGCAUUGGACUGUCACUAAUUGAACAGUGUCAGUUAUAAUUAGGUAACUUUUUUUUCCAUCAGUAAAUUUGAAUAAAUUCUAUAUAUAUAUUCCAUAAAUUGUCCGCAUUUGUAAAAAUCUGGCACAUGUGAUAAUGUGACAAUACCAUCAAGAGUAGCACACAUUCGCUAGGCUAGCUGCUAGUUUCUUGUCUGUCUGAGAUGAGUAUGCCGCAGGUGUUUACUUCUUUUUUGAUAGUUUCAUAUAGAGUGUAAAUGCAUUUCAGAGGGAACUUAACUUAUUUCAAACUGCCUAUGGUACUUUAUAAUUCCUUAAUGUCCCUCUCGGCCCCAGCACAUGCUGACCUACGGAGCAUCACUUUAUGUGCUGCUUGUUACAUUUCCGUUUAAUGAAAAUGAAAACAGAAAUAUGGUAAUAAAGUUUGACACAACACUAAAUAAUUAGUUUGGGCAGUUCAAAUGGUGUAAAAUAUUGUUGUUAGAGCUCCUUCAUAAUGAGGAACACUCAUAAAUCAGUGUUUUGACUGAAUGGAUGCAGAAUUAAGCCACAAAGUAGUACUUUACAGUUAAAGCUCUAUGAAAUUGGUAGUGGUGCCACUUUUGUAAUGAACCUAAAGGCCUCCUUAUGACGUUGGCAGGCUUCUUAAAAACCUCAUCUGACUUUUACCCUUUAAAUGACUGCAGGAGUAGCCAGAUAAAGAGUAGUGCACUUCUCUGUGGUGGUUACACGUAGAACUGUAAGUAUCCUUUGGGUUUAAAUAUCCAUUUUGUUUUUAUACAGCAUUGCACAUUGUACUUGUAAGAUAGGAAUUAUAUCAAAAGCUAAAUAUUAUGAGCAACAAUAAAUAAUGUAUUGGUUAAAAACAGAUGUGUGAAGUUUGUUUAAGAGGACAGGACCCGAAGAGAAGAGAAAUAAAUUAUUUUCAGUUACU